AUUUUAUUUUCUUCCAUUCAUCCUUUGCAAGCAUAGCAUGUGUGCAUAUGAGAGAGAGCUAGAGAUAGAGGCGUGUUCAUUCAAACUGCAUGAGACAUUGAAGAAUGCCAGGAACUGGAAUCAAAGAAAAAUGUUUAGUAAACGGGCAGUCAAGCUUUGAAGGCAAAGAUCCUCACGACAUUGCCUUCAACCGUUUCCUAAACCAGCAGCAUCAACGCAAACUCUCCGGUACCAUGACGUCUCUCAAUGGCUCCGGCGUCAAGGCCAACUGUGGCGGCGACAUGGACACAAAGAGGAAAUUCCGCGUCUGCGUUGCCACCACUAACCGAGCAGACUAUUCCAAGCUGGGCAACAUCAUGCAAGCCAUAAAAGACGAUGAGAUGCUAGAAUUGUCAACCAUCGUAUUAGGAUGUCAUUUGAUUGAUGAUUAUGGGUCCACAUAUCGACUGAUCGAGAAAGAUGGCUUCACCAUCGACAGUCGCCUCCACACCAUCGUAAGAGGGGAGGAUGAAGCUGCCAUGGUGGAAUCGGUCGGCCUUGCCAUGGUCAAACUCCCCGACAUCAUGCUCCGCCUUAAACCAGACGUCGUCAUCGUGCACGGGGACCGCUUCGACGUCCUCUCGUUAGCGGCCUGCGCUGCCCUCAUGAACAUUCGCAUCGUCCACGUGGAAGGGGGCGAGGUGAGCGGGACGAUCGACGACAGCAUCAGGCAUACCAUCUCCAAGUUGGCGCACUAUCACGUUUGCUGUACGGAGCGUGCCCACAAGCGUCUGCUGGCGAUGUGCGAGGAUAACGAUAGGAUACUGCUAGCAGGAUGUCCAUCGUAUGACAAGUUACUAAGCACAGAUGUGGUAGACUGUCAGCACAUACUAAACAGAUGGCUAAAGGGGGAGGGCAAGUCUAAGGAGUACAUUGUUGCCCUACAACAUCCUGUGACUACAAAUAUAGCAGACUCUCUCAAGAUGUACAGCCUUAUGGUAGACGCCCUGAUGGAAUUCAACAAGCGUGUCAUCAUGUUGUUUCCUAACAUUGACGCGGGAAGCAAAGACAUUGUCCGCAUCAUGCGUCAGAAGGGCGUGGAAACCAACCCCAUGUUCUACCCUGUGAAGCAUAUACCCUUUGAAGAGUUCAUCAUCUUGGUGGCCAAUGCAGGCUGUAUGAUAGGCAACAGCAGUGCAGGGGUCAGGGAAGCAGGAGCAUUCGGUACACCGGUAGUCAACCUUGGGUCGAGGCAGACAGGGAGAGAGACGGGUGAAAAUGUCUUACACUGCAGGGAUGCAGACACGACGCAGAAGAUCCAUCAUGCUCUAGAAAUCCAAUACCAAAGACAAUUCCCUCCAUCUUACAUCUACGGUGACGGGCAUGCGGUACCAAGAAUCAUCAAGUUUCUGAAAUCGAUCAAACAGGAGGACACCAUCCAGAAGCAGUUCAUCUUCCCUCCCAUGCCGGAGAGCCCCAGCAUUGACAUUGAUCACAUCUUAGAGACGCAGAGCGCCCUGGCCGUCGACAUGGGGGGAACGCAGCUCCGAGUUGCUUUGAUAGCAGCCGAUGGUGAGAUUAAGCUGAGGAGAUCCAGGCCGACGCCCCACACCACCAAUGAGGAUAGAAUGAAAGCGCUCCUUGAACUUCUCUUAGAAGCUACAAAGGAGAGCUACGCCCUUAACUGCAGAGUGCUGGGUGUAGGCAUCAGUACUGGAGGGCGGGUCAAUUCAAAGGAAGGACUCGUCAUGCAUUCAACAAAAGCUAUUGCAGGUUGGGAUGAAAUCGACCUGAGGACACCCAUAGAAACUACCCUUCACCUCCCUGUCUGGGUGGACAAUGACGGCAACUGUGCUGCCCUCGGAGAGAGGAAAUUUGGACAUGGCAGAGGGGUCAAAGACUUCAUCACCAUAGCAACAGGCACAGGUAUUGGUGGAGGUAUCGUGUUAGAUAAGCGUCUCAUCCACGGGACCAACUUCUGUGCCGCUGAGCUGGGCCAUAUCAAGGUAUCUCUGGACGGCCCGGCCUGCCAGUGUGGAAGCCACGGGUGCGUGGAGGCCUACAGCUCAGGGAUGGCCCUCAAGAGAGAAGCCAUGAAGCUGCACGAAGCGGGGGAGCUUCUCGUGGAUGGCAUGAUUGUAGAGAAGGGUGAGGAAGUUACUGCUAAACAUCUCGUACAAGCUGCAAAAACAGGAAACCAAAAGGCCAAGAAGAUCUUAGAUACAGGUGCUCAAGCUCUCGGGACAGCCAUCACAUCCCUACUCCACGUCUUGAACCCCAAGCUGGUCAUCCUGUGUGGUGUCCUGUCCAACGUCUACCUAGAGCCGGUCAGAGAAGCGGUCAAGACCCACAGUCUCCCGUCCGCGGUGUCCGAGGUGGAAAUCGUCAGCUCGCAACUGGUAGAGCCAGCCCUGCUCGGAGCCGCAAGCCUGGUGUUGGAAUACGCCACCAGGAGAACGUAUUGAUGUAAAAGAGCCUCCGACAAAAGGUGGUAUUCUCGAAAGCAGACCAAGUUAAGUCCAUGGUUUAAUCCCCCGACUAAGUAUGGAAUGCCAAGUGUCCCUAUGUUUAUGUUUUUGAAUAAU